GGGGUCUGCAGGAGCGGAGCGAAGUCGAAUAGCAGAAGCAGGAUCGGCAGCGCGGAGCCCAGUCCUCACCGAAGCGAACCGUAGCGGGCCGCGCAGCCCGCCCGCCAGCCCUGCCGCUCACAGAAGAAUGGGAACAGCCGUGUCCAAAAGGAAGAAUUUAAGGAGUGACGCGAUUUCGUCCGUGGCGGCCAAGGUCAGAGCAGCUCGAGCGUUUGGUGAAUAUCUGUCCCACCACCAUCCAGAGAACCGCAACGGCUCAGAUCACCUCCUGGCUGAGACUUUCAUUGGUCAGGACUCAGAAUCCCCCGACAAACUGCACCGCAAGUCUCCGCUCCAGCAGCCCCUUCACCAGGGACAUCCUGCCCGAAGUCCACAGCAGCUCCAGCCAAACAAGCGGAGGCUGUCGCUCAUCUCCAACGGCAAGUUUGACCGCAGCUCGUCAGAGGAGCCGUCUGAGGACAAGGACUCGAUCCCAGCCCAGGUGUACACCAUCUCCAGGGAAAACGGCAUGCUGGGAGAGCGGGAAUCCAGUGAGUGUCUGGAGCUGCGGGUCCUGAAGGGAAGUCAGGAGCUGGUGCAGCAUGCCACCCACCACGGGCACGGUCACCACCAUGGCCACCACCACAGCCAUCACCACACUCACACCCAGCCGCUGCAGAGUGCGGGCAGCACCCACAACAUUGGCCGGCAGUGCCGGGUGGGCUGGGCAAAGCCCACCACUCAAGUCAGCGUUCAGCAGUCCUUCGACCUCGACCACCUGCAGCCACGCGAGAACGUCCGCGGCCGCAAGAAGUUAGAGAGGAUGUACAGCGUUGACCGUGUGUCUGACGAGGCCCCUUCACACGGAUGGUUCCCAAAGGAGAACAUGUUCACGUUCCAAACGGCGACCACCACCAUGCAGGCGAUCUCGAAUUUUCGGAAGCACCUGCGGAUGGUGGGCAGCCGACGGACCCGCGCCCAGACUUUCGCCGACCGACGAGAGAAGAGCUUCAGCAGGUCUUGGAGCGACCCGACGCCGGUCAAGAGCGAUUCGCUGCACGACUCGAGAGACAGUGGUGACCUUCAGAUGUCUUGUGACACCCUGGACGAAGAGUUCAGUCCGGAUUGGGAGGCUGAGAGGGAGCAGGAGGUCGCCUGCUGCGAGGGGGACGACUUUAUCCCCCCUAAGGUGAUGCUCAUCUCCUCCAAAGUCCCGAAAGCCGAGUACGUGCCCACCAUCAUCCGCCGAGACGACUCCUCCAUCAUCCCCAUCCUCUAUGACCAUGAGCAUGCCACCUUCGACGACAUCCUAGAUGAAAUUGAGAAGAAGCUGAAUGUGUACAGGAAGGGCUGCAAAAUCUGGAAGAUGCUCAUCUUCUGCCAGGGUGGUCCUGGACACCUGUACCUGCUCAAGAACAAAGUGGCCACGUUUGCCAAAGUGGAGAAAGAGGAGGACCUCAUUCAGUUUUGGAAACGACUGAGCCGACUGAUGAGCAAAAUCAACCCGGAGCCCAACGUCAUCCACAUCAUGGGCUGCUACAUUUUAGGCAACCCCAAUGGGGAGAAGCUUUUUCAGAACUUGAAGAAUCUCAUGAUGCCUCUGAACAUCUCGUUUGAGUCGCCUCUCGAGCUCUCGGCCCAAGGGAAGCAGAUGAUCGAGACCUACUUUGAUUUCCGCCUGUACCGCCUGUGGAAGACGAGGCAGCACUCCAAGCUGCUGGACUACGACGACAUCCUGUGAGACCCCUGCUGACCGCUUGAAGGCCGACAGACAGGUGGGCAGGCAGCCUGCUUUUGAAGUGGGGGAGCCCAGGCGCAGUGAGCGACUCGGGUCCUCAGCUGGACGUGUGGAUUGGGCCGCCCAUGGCCGCCGAGGAGGAAGAGGAAGACGAAGAAGAUGAGAGACGUGAAGUUUGUUUAGAAGAGCAGAUGUGCAGGACGUGCAGGUCACUCUGCCGGACCCUGAAGGGGCUACUUGACUUUGUUUUUUUUUUAGGACUCUUGUGAUUUUCCACUUUCUUGUUUCUUCAAUCUCAGGUUUUUUGGGGGGCGCUCCGGGAUGCCCCCCCACCCCUCCGCCCUCGAGUCUCCCGGCUUGUCUUUUGUACUCGAAUUCCCGUACGUCUGUGGCUGGACUCCUCUCACCUGGUGGACAGUAGCCAGUGUGCAGCUUGGUGUGACCCAUCUGUACGCACUUGGCUGACGUCCACCCAUGCUGGUCAAGUGGUCAGGCCGUGUCCAUUCUCUCCUCUGCAGGGAUCUUCUUCGCAUGGCCAUUGCUGACCUUUAUUUUUUGAGCAGACACCCACAGUGGCCGGCUCAGCGACGGCUUUUCUUUUUUCACGUUUUAUUGUCUUUCUGGCCGCUUGCUGGCCGGCUUGGGGUGUCAAGCCGCUGGUCACUGUAUUUUUGUUGACCCUUGGCCAGCCACGGGUGGAACUUUUUGAUUGUCCAGCCUUUGAAAAAGAGGCCUGGGCCUCUAAAAAAAAAAAAAAAAAAAAAAAAA